AUGUUUCGUUCGAGGUCGCAGGGCAGUAUUGGCGAGCGAGAGGCUAAGUUUGUGCUGGAGAGAAUAGACAACCUGGAGAAGCACUUUGCCGAAUUCUGCACGGUGUUUGCAGCUUACGCUAGAAAGGCAGCCAGGCUAAGGGACAAGAACGAUGAAGUUGCCAAGACGAUACAAACAUACGCCAACGCGGAGGACGUAAACCGAUCGAUGAGCAUGUGCCUCGUAAAUUUUGCGAGCACGCUUUCCGUUGUUGGUGACUACAGAGACGCCAAAGUUCAAAGGCUCAACGCAAAUGUCAUUGCACCAUUGUCGCAGUAUCAAAAUACGUGUAAGCGGGCAAGAGAAAAUGUCAAAACUACCUUCGCGGCUCGGGACGAGGAGCUCAAGCGGAAAAAGUUGUUGGAAAAAGUUCGAGAAGAGAAUCCUAAGAAUCAGCAAAGAAUUUCUCAUGCCAAGUCAAACUUGAUGAAAGCAACGGUAGAGGUUUCGCGGGUAGUCAAGGAGCUGGAGGAGCAAAUUGAUUCGUUUGAAAAGCAAAAACUGCACGAUCUCAAGACGAUUAUUUUGAGCUUUGUGACUGUCGAGCUUAGCUUUCAUGCCAAAGCAGUCGAGCUUUUCACUAAGGCGUAUCAGGACAUUGCAGAAAUCGACGAGGCACAAGAUUUAGAAGACUAUCAAAUCGCAAGAGCAGAAAUCAAUAGGGACUUUCGGGAAUUGUUAAGGUCAACAGAAUCUUGGUCAAAGUUGAAUAAACCUAGUUUUCGACAAUCGUAUUCUUUACUGAACCUUCACAAUCGUUUUUCACCUUUGCCAUCCAACAUGAGAAAACAGAAAACUCACAGGACAACGGAAUCACUGGACUCAUCAAAGACAGGACACACUAAUUCGUCGGAAUCUGUGCAGGUUGAGGAAUUUGAUGAAAGUACUGAAGAAUCAGAGGAGCCUUCCAUCGUUGAAAAAAAAUCUGUGAGAUCUAGACUAAAGACUAUGUAAAUGUACAAU